CUUUUAUUUUUUCCUAAAUAGGAUCAUAGAGCCUAUUCUUAAGAUAUAUAUUAUUGAAUAUACCAUUCUAGUCAUUCCUAGCAGCUGGGAAGGCUCAGUAUCAGAUUGUUAUUUCUUAAAAAAUAGGAUUACUACAUUGGUCAAUCCCCUACCGAAGCGUCGGCCAAUCACGUGUGCGAUAAUUGAACAUUCGCCGGCGGCCGGACUGUUCCGAUUUUCCUGGACGGCAGAGCCAAAGCUUCGUAAAACCAUCAACCUCAUCAACCUCGCUCGUCGCUGCCGUUUGCACACCCCACAUUUUGGAACCUCGGUCCUCCAAUCCCCUCAAUUGAUACUUCCACACAGUCCAAGAUGGGUAUCUCCGACUUUUUCUCCGAUAUCAUUUCCUCCUUCAGCCUCCCCGAGGCCCAGGCUGAGGCUCCCGCUGAGAACGUUGAGCAGCCCAGCAGCCAGGAGACCGAGACCGAGGAGAAGCCCGCUGUGACCGAAGAGUCGACUAGCGAAGAGACCGCCGAGAAGAGUGAGGAGUCCGCUGAGGAGACUCCUGAGGAGCCUGCCGAGGAGGAGCCCGAGCAGGCGGAAGAGGAAGAAGAGGAGGAAGAGGAGGAAGAAGAGGAAGAGGAAGAGGAGCCUGAGGACAUCAAGCCCCAGCUAGAGGAGGAAUGUGCCAACUCCGCUCAGUGCGCCCCAUACAAGCAUCACUUCGAUGAGUGCGUUGAGCGUGUCACCCAACAGCAGGAGGAUGCCGACUACAAGGGCCCCAAGGAGGACUGCGUCGAGGAGUUCUUCCACCUUGCCCACUGCGCUUCCGAGUGCGCCGCCCCCAAGCUCUGGAAGUCCCUCAAAUAAGCGUCUCGUUCCGGGACAAUUCCUGCCACGUUUCUCUUAUGGUUCAAUGGCAACGAGUUUAACGAUGGCGCAUCAUGUAUGGACCAUCCGGAUGAGAUACGAAGGGGGAACUGUGGAGGGAAC